AAUGUGUUCACAUAACACAGUGACCUAUGAGUGUGUAUGAUAUUAUCUAUUAUUAGAUAAUCGCGAUAUGCUUAUUUGCUGGCCUUAAUUAGAGCGAUGCCUCCGCGAUGUCGGCAGGAGCGAAAUCGCAUCCCAUCGGAUCAUCUGAUCAAUUUCACGCGUUACGUAGCGCCUCAACCGCCUCCAGUUAGAAAGGAUGCAACGGAUUCGGUAUCUCCGUCGAGACCGACUCAGCGCAAUUUGCGUUGUUACAUCGCUGAUAUAGGUUUGCCUAUUGCAAAGUUACCAAUUCUGCGACCCAAUCUAACAGUUGAUUGGAACGUUGUUGAAUUAGUGGACCUUUUAGUUGAUGAGGAUACACCAGUUACAUGUCCUAUAUGUUUAGAUGAAUCGCUUUCGGCGCCUAGAGUUACACGUUGCAGUCAUGCAUUCUGCUGGGUAUGCAUAUUGAAGUACUUGAACUUCGACAGAACACUAGGGAUGAGGCCAUGCCCUUUGUGUCAGCAAUCUAUAUACAGAACUGAUUUGAAACCUGUUCGAUUUCAGGUGAAGUAUAAACCUAUUGUAUUAUCAUUCGCAUUAUUGAUGCAAGAAGAAGAUUCACACACGGCUGUUUUGCAUCCUGAUAUAUGUGAGCUCUUAUGUGGCAACCGGAAAUUACGUGACGACAAUCAGAUACCUUCAUCAGAUUCGCUAGAUGUUCAAUUCUGGGAUGUAGCGUACACAGAUUCUGGGAAGCUGAGAGAUAUAUUGAAGCGAGAUUAUCUAGAGCUCGAGAAUAUCGCACUUAACGCUAUCGACAGUGAUGUGGCCACAUACGAGGCCGCACAGGAAGCCUUAUCUCAACUAAUUGAUAAUGGGAUUACCAUACCAAGUGAUGGUGAUGAAAAGUUAUCAGUUGGAAUCAAUAAUAUAAACGAAGCUAUUCAACGUUUGAAUAACGUUGCUGAUACAUAUAUAUACGAGAAAAAAGAUGAUUACACGGAAAAUAUUGACAGUUGUGGAAGGACAAAGUAUUACUGCUUUUACCAGUCCAUUGAUGGAUCUAAGGUUGUAUUGCAUCCCCAACUUAUCAAGUGUAUGUGGCAUUGUUGCGGACGGAAUGUUAACAAGAUGCCACUGUUUCUGUUGAACCUGCCGAUUCUGAAUUUGGAGGAGGUAGUUGUAACUGGGGAAAUGCGACGACGCUACAACUGGCUCAAUCAUUUUCGCAUGGGUUGUAAGAUAUAUUUGGCCAAUGUGCCAUUAGAAGGUUACAUAACACCAGAACAAAUGGAAGAAUACAUGAGAGAACGCCAGAUUAAAAGAGAUAUGAAACUCUCAAAAAUUUUACAAAGACGAGAUAGUGCAUAAGACACUGUACGACCGUCGUUGCCUCCACCACACUUUGAGGUACAUGCUAAUGAGCAUAAUUAUUAACCAGUAAGCUUAAUAAAUCACACGAACAAUCU